UGCUCGCUCUGGUGUGCAGCUCCGCCAAGCUGACGCCGCUCGCCCUCACUCAGUGGCGUGGUCUUUGUCUUUUCUUUUCUUCCACCUGAUCCCAUUUUUUUUAAAUUUCAACCAAUCAACCAAUAUGGGCAAAAAAGAAGAGGAUGAGAUCAUCAGGAUUGCAAAGAAGAUGGAUAAAAUGGCGCAAAAGAAGAACGGGUCUGGGGCUUUGGACCUCCUGAAAGAGCUGCGCAGUGUCCCUAUGACUCUGGAGCUUCUUCAGUCCACCAGAAUCGGGAUGUCUGUCAAUGCCAUCCGCAAGCAGAGCACAGACGAGGAGGUGACUUCUCUAGCCAAGUCCUUGAUAAAAUCAUGGAAGAAGCUUUUGGAUGAGCCCGGAGGUGUGGACAAACCUUCAGAGGAGAAGAAAAAAGAGCAAUCAACACCCGUUCUCUCACCCUCACAGGGAAGCCCAGAGGCUAAAGAAGAAAGCAGUUCCAGCAGUAACUCCAGCGGCAAGAGCGAGCAGGCCGAUGCUGCACCCAACACACUCAUCUCCACCUUUCCCCGCGCCCCCAGCACCACUGACUCAGUCAGGAUCAAGUGCAGGGAGAUGCUGGCCAACGCACUUCAGACUGGCGAUGACUAUAUUGCUAUUGGUGCUGAUUGUGAAGAACUUGGAGCGCAGAUAGAGGAAUGUAUCUUUCAUGAGUUUAAGAACACUGACAUGAAAUACAAGAACCGUGUGCGGAGCCGGAUCUCCAACCUGAAGGACGUAAAGAAUCCCAACCUGAGGAAGACUGUGCUGUGUGGAAAUGUGUCACCUGAGCGCAUGGCCAAGAUGACUGCUGAGGAAAUGGCCAGUGAUGAGCUGAAAGAGAUGAGGAAAAAUUUGACCAAAGAAGCUGUCAGGGACCACCAGAUGGCCACCACUGGAGGCACUCAGACCGAUUUGUUUACUUGUAGCAAGUGCAAGGGGAAGAGCUGUACCUACACACAGGUCCAGACACGCAGUGCUGACGAGCCGAUGACCACAUUUGUCUUCUGCAAUGAGUGCGGAAAUAGAUGGAAGUUCUGCUGAAUGUUGAAGCAAUAUCCUUGGAAGUGAAAAGUAGCUAAAUUCCCGGACCAGGAUUCUGUCUUUCUGCAACAGAUUGGAACUUUGUAUUCUGUGGUAUCUGGUGAUCAUGUCGCCAUACAACGACACCACAGCUGUCAAGAUCUGAAUAUCUUCAUCGACACAGUUCACUGUCCGAUCGCCCUUCAUCCUAAGUUGCUUUCAAUCUUGUUUAUAGCUAUUUGUCAGUCAGAUAAAUGCGAUCAAUAUUGUCUCAGUUUCUUUUUCCAACAUUUUUUAUAUGUAGUUUCAACAUUUUUGAGAACGUGCAUCCUACAUUUACUGUUGUUUUACCCUCACGAGAAUAUUUUAUUUAAUUUCCCAAUAAAAUGUAAUCAGUUUGAUAA